GAGCAAACAGAGAGGCGAUGAUAAAACGCCCGCUGGCAGCGGACCCGGCAUUCUGCAGCGGCCCCGGUGCAGCUGAGCGAGCGCGGACAUGGCAGGCGCCCGGCUCCUGGCAGCGGUCCUCGUCCUGGGCCUGUGCGCCAUGGCGGGGGCCGGGAAACCAUCCCCCUGCCAGUGCUCCCGGAUGAACCCCGACAGCAGGAAGAACUGCGGCUUCCCGGGCAUCACCAGCGAGCAGUGCUUCUCCGCCGGCUGCUGCUUCGACGACUCCAUCCCGGGGGUGCCCUGGUGCUUCACGCCGCUCCCCAUGCAAGAAAAUGAGGAGUGUGUGAUGGAAGUGUCGUCCCGCGUGAACUGCGGCUACCCGGGCAUCAGCCCCGAGGACUGCGCGUCCCGCAAGUGCUGCUUCUCCGACGCCAUCCCCGAGGUGCCCUGGUGCUUCUUCCCCAAGCCGGUGCAAGACUGUCAUUACUAAGAGGCAGUGGCUUCAGGGGACCCGCCGGCUCCUGCAUGGUCUGAACAGAGAGGGGACUUGCCAGCUCAUCCGGCUCCUGUUCCGUGUUUCCUGAGCGCCUGGGUUUUCUUUGUCCCUUUAUAUCUGGCUCAGCGGUUUCACAUUCAGUGUCUUCAAAUAAAGGAAACCCUUACCAUC